AUGACUAGUGGCCUUAGGAGGUUGAGUCAAAAGUCUCUGAAGUUGUUCAAACUUAGUCUUGCUAAGAAAGACACCAUCAGAGAGGAGGAGGCAGCUGAUUCUUAUGACGAAUGGUGUUCGACAACUCUUAGGAAAAUAAGAGAAGCCUCCCCAUUGAGUUUGAAAGUUAUUUUACGAUCUAUACGUGAAGGUAGAUUUGAAACUCUUGAUCAAUGUCUUGUACGUGAGUACCGUAUAUCCCAUCGCGGAAUUUCUAAGCAUGUCUCCUCUGAUUUCUUUGAGGGUGUUCGGGCACGAAUGGUUGAUAAAGACUUUGCACCAAAGUGGGACCCACCUAGUUUAAAAGAUGUAUCAGAGGACAUGGUUGAAUACUAUUUCUAUCCGUUUAACGAAGUUGAGUCUGAACUGGUGCUGCCAACGGCAUUGCGAGAACCUUACAUGUGAAACAGACAUACCUUCCAUUAAUGCUUAUCUUUAGCAAGGGUAAGCCAAAUAAGUUCUAAUUUUGUUGUCAAAAUUCGUGUAUUGUAAUUCUAUGUUUUUUCUUUUUAUUAAGUAAAUUACAUUUGCUUGAGAUUUGUCAAAAUGAAAAUUCUAAACU